ACGUCACCGUACGGAAUUACGUUCCUCUGCGGGCGACGUCACUGUACGGAAGCACGUCCCUCUGCCGCGCAACGUCACUGUACGGAAACACGCCUUUCUCUGCCGUGCAACGUCAGCAGUAGCGCGCGGUAGAUUCGAUUCCCGCUCUCUCUGGCAGCGUCUGUGAGCGCCGGAAUCCGGAUCCUCCGGCGCUCUGACUGGGAACAUACAGAUCCUGCAUCCAAGCGAUGGCGUCUGCUGACCUGAGACAGGAGCUGGACUGUUCCAUCUGCCUGAGCAUUUAUACAGAUCCUGUAACCCUGAGAUGUGGCCACAACUUCUGCCGAGUCUGUAUUGAUCGUGUGCUGGAUACACAGGAGGGGACUGGAGUUUAUAGCUGUCCUGAAUGCAGAGCAGUGUGUCGGGAGCGUCCUGCACUGCAGAGGAACAUAACGCUGUGUAACAUAGUGGGGAGUUUCCUGUCUACUCAUCCAGAUCAGGAGGAGACUGGGAUCUUCUGCACUUACUGUGUGGACUCUCCUGUACCUGCUGCUAAAUCCUGUCUACAUUGUGAGGCUUCUCUGUGUGAUAAACACCUAAGAGUACACAGCAAGUCAGCAGAACACGUCUUAUCUGAUCCCACCACUGCCCUGGGGAACAGGAAAUGCUCCGUCCAUAAGAAGGUCCUGGAGUAUUACUGCACUGAGGAUACUACCUGUAUCUGCGUGUCCUGCUGUCUGAUUGGAGUGCACAGAGGACAUCAGAUGGAAUCACUGGAUGAGGCCUCUGAGAAGAAGAAGGAAAAGCUGGUAAAUGUUCUGCAGAAACUGACCACACAGAGAGAAGAGACUGAGAAAAGAGUCCAGAGCCUGCAGGACCUCAGGCUAGAUGUACAGGAAAGAGCAGCUGGUGUAGCAUUGAGAGUCGCUGUCAUUUUGAGAGACCUCAAGCAACAGUGGGAUGGCCUGGCGAUAAGAGUCAUGAGUGAGAUCUCCAGGCAGAAAGAGACUGCUUCACUGUCCGUCACUGAUCACAUCCGGCGCAUGGAAAUAAGGAAGGAUGAGCUGUCCAGGAAGAUGCGUCACAUUGAGGAGCUGUGUAACAUGUCUGAUACAGUGACUGUCUUACAGGAACCAGACACAGGGGACUUAUAUGAUACUAAUGUUACAAAGAGACCGUAUACACACGUCCACUGUGUAGGAGAUUUGGAAGUGGGUCUCAUCUCAGAAAUAUUACACAGUUUGUCGAGUACAAUAACAGGUAUAAAUACAGGAAUCUAUGUGCAGGAACCUAUAGAUAUAUUACUGGAUGUAAACACAGCUGGUAAUAAUAUACAUAUAUCAGGUGACAGGAGCACUGCAUCUAUGUUGCCAAACCAGAGACAUCCAUUAACACUAGAGAGAUUUCAGUGUAAUCAGGUAAUGAGCACCAGGAAAUUCUCCUCACGGCGACAUUACUGGGAGGUGGAUGUUAGUAAAUCUUUGGACUGGAGGGUUGGGAUGUGUUACCCCAGUAUAGACAGGGGAGGAGAUCAGUCACUAAUUGGAGAUAAUAACAAGUCCUGGUGUCUGUGUAUGGGGUUUAAUUAUCAGUACUCAGUGAGACAUGACAAGACGGUGAUCCCUAUAGCUGACAGUAUCGCCUGUGACCGAGUGAGGGUAUAUCUGGAUUAUGAGGCAGGACAGCUGUCCUUUUAUUCCCUGUGUGACCCCAUCAGACACUUACACACCUACACUGCCGCCCUCACUGAGCCCCUUCAUGUUGCUUUAUCUAUAGGGUGGGGAGGUUGUGUAACUUUAUCUGGGAGAAUCAGGAGCUGGGAGAAUUUACCAUAAGGAAUCUGCUCAGAGAAUUAAGCAGUGGGUGGAGCUACAGCACAGCUCCACCCCCAUCGUGUCUGGAUUUGUUCCGUUGUUGCUCUAUAGGAAACUAUAUAUAUAUAUAUAUAUAUAUAUAUAU